UUGUGAUGAUUGAAAUUAGAGAGCCUGUCCUUUGACUUGUGCUCUCCCUCAAUAAAUAAUAUCCCCAGCAGUCACCAAAAGUCCUUCAUUGAAACAAGAGGUAAAGGCAACAACUUCCACACAAAGUAUUCAACCACAAGCCUAUUUGAAAGGGUCUUCUUCUCUUCUCUUGGUCACUCUGCAGCAGGCAGAGAUCAGAAGCAGAGAGAGAGAGAGAGAGAGAGAGACAGAGAUAUGGGAAGAGCUCCUUGUUGUGACAAGGCAAAUGUGAAGAAAGGACCAUGGUCACCUGAAGAAGAUGCAAAGCUAAAAGAGUACAUAGAAAAAUAUGGGACUGGAGGGAAUUGGAUUGCUCUUCCACAAAAAGCUGGUCUUAGGAGAUGUGGGAAGAGUUGCAGAUUAAGAUGGCUUAACUAUCUGCGCCCCAACAUCAAACAUGGAGAAUUUUCUGAUGAAGAAGACAGGAUCAUCUGCAACCUCUUUACUAACAUUGGAAGCAGGUGGUCCAUAAUAGCAGCUCAGUUGCCAGGCAGGACUGACAAUGAUAUCAAGAACUACUGGAACACCAAGCUCAAGAAGAAACUCAUGGGAUUAAAUAUUCUUCCAUCCCAGAUAAAAUCCCACUCAGGCACCUUCUCAUCUCUUCUUCAUCUUCAAGCUUCAUUAUCAUCAUCUUCACCAUCAUCAUACAGAGGCAGCAACAACAGCACUGCUUAUUAUGCACAAACCAGGUCUUUCUCUAGUGCUUUGGAGCCCAUUUCAUUUUCACCCAGUCUUCUGAGCAGAAGUUCAACUAAUGCUGCUUCUGUUCUUCAUCAAGUGCACCAAGAGAGGUUUGUGGGUAGGGCCAUGCAGCAUAAUUACCAAGUCAAAGACAACAUCUUGAUGUUUGGGGGUGAAGCAAGUUGCAGCUCUUCUGAUGGGAGUUGCAGCAACCAGAUCAGCCAGUGUAGAGACAGAGAGUAUGAAUAUAAUUACAAUUUCUUCAAUGGUGGGGAAGGGCACCAGAAAAUCAUGCUACCAGAUGGGCUUAAUGGGUGGAGAUCAGAGAAGCAGAAUGGCAAUGGGAUUUGGGAAGAUCAAGCCCCAUUAGAUUAUGGCCUUGAAGAAAUUAAGCAGUUAAUUAGCAGUACCAGUAGUUGCAACAACUUUUUGUUUGAUGAAAACAAGACAGAGGAAAAGGCCAUGAUGUACUACUGAUGCUGACUGUGAGUAAAAUCAAAAAGAUUUGAAGAAGUGGAGGAAGGGAUGGGUUGAAGAUAUUCAGAUUUGGACUGGGUUUUGGGUGGAGGGGUUAAAAUGUUUCUGAUAAUGGGUGCACUUUCUUGACAGUACAUGGUAAAAAAGUUUCCUUUGUGCAUUUCUUUUUGGGAAAUGAUGUAUGUAUGUAAGUACAGUUUAACUGCACUGCCAUUAAUCAGGCAUGCCAAGAAAAUCUGAGGGAAAAAAAACCCAUCAUCUUUUAAGACUGAAACCUGCAAUCUUAAUGGCCAAGUAUCCUUUUUUAGUCCUUUCUUUUCUUCUUCUUCAUGGUCUUAAAAAAUUCAACUUGAAUCUGGUCCUUAGAUCUUUUAUGGA